AAACUUGUGAUGGAGGGCUUUCGCAGCUUAAAGGAGGGUGAGCAGGUGGAGUUCACCUAUAAGAAGUCCUCCAAGGGCCUCGAGUCUCUGCGGGUAACAGGACCCUGUGGGGGACCCUGCUCGGGCAGUGAAAGGAGACUCAAGGGGAAGGUCCCUCUCCAGAAACGCAAACCAAAGGGAGACCGCUGUUAUAACUGUGGAGGUCUGGAUCACCAUGCCAAGGAGUGUAGCCUGCCCCCCCAGCCAAAGAAAUGCCACUACUGCCAGAGUGUAACGCACAUGGUGGCUCAGUGUCCCCACAAGGCGCCGGCGCCCCCCACAGGCUCUCAGGACCAACACGCGUCUACCUCGGCCCCCAUCCCAGGGACCGGGCCUUACCUCUGCCCCCCAGAGGAGGAGGAGCACUCCGGCUCGUCUCCCCUGGAGGGCUCCUCCUCCUCGCCGGAGGAGCCGCACACACACCGUGGCCCCCGCACCCAGCGGUGGAGGAAGUCCUGAAAACAGAAACCUUUCACCUGCUAAAACCCUUAACCAUCACGUUUCCCUUCAAUCAAGGAUACCUGAAGCCCCUCCCGCACCCCCCUUCAUCUACCUCGCACCUGUGGAAAAUGAAAAAAAUUGGAGGUCUUAUUUUCUAUACUUUUAUUUUAUUUUUUUAUUUUUCUUAACCAGCGCAGCUAUGGCAACAAUCAAUGGGGUACGGAAGUGUGUGUGUGUGUGUGUGUGUGUGUGUGUGUGUGUGUGUGUGUGUGUGUGUGUGUGUGUGUGACUUGCUGUCAUCUGGUGCAGCUAUGGCAACUACCGCUGGAAUGUGGGACUGUAUUUCUUGUUCCAAUCAGUGAAACAACGGGAUAUGAAUUUUAGUUUAGGACUGUUCUCUAUUUUUCCCAAGUUUUGGCCAUUUUACUUUUUUUUUAAAGCCGCAAAUGAAUAUCCUCAAGGCUCAAUUAUUCGGACAAAAUGAUGCAUCCUUUUGAAGCACACACGUUAGCUCAUUUUAGGGAUUAGACGACUCUUAAAAAGCUCCACGCCCUCUAAGCGAUAAUCCAGACCCAUGGGAUUUUUGUAGCUUGGCUUAUAUACGGAAAAGAAAAUCUGUACGGAUGGAAACAUUAUGGAUUCCAGAGAGAGAUUUUUUUUAAGACCUUAAAGAUGGUUAACUGCUGCUCUUAACACCCACUACAUACCUCUCUCUUACAUGAAAUAGCCUUGACCAAGUGAUUGUCAAAGAACGAGCAUGUGAAUUUUUAUGCAUGCAGGUGCACGACUGAGAGAGAGAGAGAGAGAGAGAGAGAGCGAGAGAAUGAGAAAAAUGUGUGUGUUUGCAUGUGUGUGUCUGCUGCACCUCUUCUUCAGGUGCUGGUCAACACUAUUAACCUCUGUUAGAUAAGACGUGUCUGACAAAAGAACAAAAGAAAAAGAAGAACAAAAACACAAAAAAUCCUAUAAUUGAGGAAGAUCAGAGUUUGGAUUCAAGGCGAUGAAUCACUUGUAAGAUUGACUGUUGUGUAAUUAGUUUGAAAUAACUUAACAGUUUAUGAAUCAUAGUUUAAGUCAUUAAUAUAUAUGUGAAGCCGCAGGAUAUAAAAAUUUAAAUUGUCUUAAGUUUAAGUGAUGCCUAUAUAUAAGGAGUUAGCUCUGACACAGGGGAAUAAUAGCUGUGUUUAUUGCCUGUUGUUAUGUGGAAACAUGUGACUCUCUCUCUCGGACGAAACAAAAAAAACACCACACUUUUGGCACCUUUUCCACUGUACGGUUCCAGCACGACUCGGCUCGACUCGACUCGACUCGACUCGGUUUUCCAUCACUGUAGUACCUCCUCAGCGUGAGCCGAGUCAUCAUAGCACAGUGACAUCAAGCCGCUGUGACGUUGCCAUGGCAUUUGGCUUGCUUACGUCUCAUUACCGUAACUGUUAGACCUUAAACUGGUGUGGACUGGUGAUCCCUCAGUUAGCCCUCAGUACGUCCACGGCACGACCGUCCAAUCACAGACAAGAUUCACCAGCGCGUUUGUGACGUCAGCUUC